UCAAGCCAGGACUUAAACACCUCUAGGGAUGGAGACUCCACUACUUCCCUAGGUCUCAUAAAUGACCAUAAAAACAUUCAUGGAAAUGCACCAGUGCCUCCGCCCUCAAGGGCUCUAAGGUGGAGAAAUCCCAGGCCGACUGCCUUCAACAGUCGGGGAACAUUCUCUGCAAGAUAUUCUCAGCAACUUCCAAGGGAUUUUCAACCACAUCAAGGCAACUCCUGGAGGAAAAAGUACUCACUUGUAAACAGACCACCUGCAGCUACGCCUCAUCCUGGAAGCAGUGCAUCUGUUAACGCACUGCCGGCUUUUGUGAGCCAAAGGAGUGAUGAGGCUCCUGGGCCCCAGGAAGCAGGCUCAGAAAGACAAGUGGAUUUAAUGACUGAUGGCAAUGUAGUCACAGGAGUGAAACUGCCAGAGAGUACUAACUCAUCCUUGGACAACAAAAAUGUUAGUGAGUUGGGAUCUCAGCCGGGUUCUUCUGGGAUGAAAGUAACUGUAGCUGCUCCAGAAGGAGUUGGAAAGGUUCUUGCAAGCUCUAGCUUUCAAAGUGUUGCUCAAAAAGAGGACAAAAAACCAUCUUUCUCUGUUUCCCAUAGUUCACUGUACCAGCCUGUUGUUGGAGGUGGAGAUGAAGCAUGCCCAGCAUAUCGGAAGGAAAUGAGCAAACUUUGGACUGUGAGACUGGCUAAAAGUGCCCCUGAGUCACGUGACUUUAUCAGUGAAGUUGCCAUAGCAUUAAAAUCCAAACCUCAGCAACCUUCAGCUCUUCCUGGUCAAGACUCAGGCUGGCUAGGAGCCUGGAGGAAACCAGUAGCACAAGUUCCAGCUCACUGUAGGUCAGAGAAAGUCAUGGCAGAAAGAGAUACUUUGAAGGAGCCAAAGACUCUUGCAAAAUCAGAGGUGCACACAAGCUCAGUUCAAUCUGUGGCUUCAGAGGUUGGUAUAAGUCCCCCAAAGAACCAGUUUGUGGUACCACACAAGCUAUCCAGUCUCCAGAGAGCGACCUCGACGCCAGUCUCCAGCAAAGCUUGUAAGUUCAGGAAAACCAACUAUACAUGGGUAGCAAAUCCUAGUAAAUGCCCCCGUGCGGUAAAGAGGUGGACAAGCCCUAGAGCUUCUGAAAGCACAAGGAAGUUUUCUGCAGGAACAGAGAGAACUGCUAAGUCACUGCCAAGGGGAGAGUUGGGAGCAAAGCAGAAGAAAGCCGGAAUGCAUUUGAAACUGGAUGCCUCUCCGAGUAAGUACAAAUGGAAAGCAUCCAGCCUACAGCCACCUUCUUCCGCUUCCAAGUCUGUGUUCAGGUGGCAGUCUGAGGGACUAAAAGAGGCUGGAGUCUCCCUGUUUUCCAGAGCCAACUUGGGCCUUCAGAUUCUAAGCAGUGCAUCCAUUGGCCAUGAUGGGUUGAAGUCAUCUUUCAGCAAUACUGCACUUUCCACUUAUAAAGUGAAGAGCCGGACCAAAAUCAUCAGAAGAAAGGGGAGUUACUGUUCCCCAACAGAUAAGAAGAGCAACUCGUUCCCUACGGUGCAUCUAAAAAGCCACUACUCUCUCAGGAAAAGAAACUCCCUGCGAGGAAGACCUGUGCCAAUGAAGAGAACCCCACCCAAGGAGCUGGUGCAGAUCACCAAGCACAGGCUAUGCCGGCUGCCUGCCUCUAGAAUGCUCAUGCCAGCCAAGGAAGGGUCCAGUUUGCACCUUGUAAGGAGCCCUGUGGCCAAUAAAGUCGUACAGACUCGCUAUAGGAUAGUGAAGAAGAACGUGGCUUCACCUUCAGGUUCAUUGCCAUUCUUCAGCGUUCCUGUUCCCAGCUGGAAGACCAGGCGACUUGUGACAUCCAGAUCUCCAGUGUUAACCCAAAUGCUCCAGUCGCCCCAAGGCGGCAAAGCCCAGCAGCUGCAGCCGAGAUGGAGGAACAAAGGCUUUUGCUGUAUAGGAGGCGUGAUGUACAGGGUGUCGGCCAAUAAACUCUCUAAAACCUCCAGCUCCCCAGUCCGGGGAGGCGACCUGAGUAACAAGAUGGACGGCAGACCAGCAAGGUUGGAUUGUACAGCCAGCAGCCCCAGCUACGCUUCCCCCAGCUGUCUGAACAGAUCCGCGACCAGCCGAUACAUUGCAAGCCGAGCUGUUCAGCGGAGCUUAGCCAUCAUUCGUCAGGCCAAGCAGAAGAAAGAGAAGGAGUACUGCAUGUACUACAACCGCUUCGGCAAAUGUAACCGGGGGGAGAGCUGUCCCUACAUCCAUGAUCCAGAAAAAGUAGCUGUCUGCACCAGAUUUCUCCGUGGCACGUGCAAGAAGACUGAUGGGACGUGUUCAUUUUCACACAAAGUUUCUAAAGAUAAGAUGCCAGUGUGCUCAUACUUCCUGAAAGGGAUCUGCAACAACAGUGACUGCCCCUACAGCCACGUCUACGUCUCCAGGAAAGCAGAAGUGUGCCAGGACUUCCUCAAAGGCUACUGCCCCCUGGGCGAAAAGUGCAAGAAGAAACACACACUAGUGUGCCCAGACUUUUCCAAAACCGGCAUCUGCCCAAAGGGCACCCUCUGCAAACUGCAGCACCCCUGGAGAAAGCAGCACCAGAGACAGCCCAAUACUUCAGAUCCCUCUGGCCAAGGCAGGUCAUCGCCAGGGUGGAAGAGGCUCCAAAAGGAGGCAGUGAGGGGGGAGGCAGCCCAUCUCCAGGCUGACGGCGAGGUUCCUGGCCCUUCCAGUGCGGAGCAGGGAGUGACGCUUCGGAGAGACGCAGACGCGCCAGGAUGCAGCAGACUGCAGAAGCUCCCAUCUUUCAUCUCUCUCCAGUCCCCCACCUCUCCGAGCGAGGGGCCACGCCCGGCGGAAAGAGACAAGUCGGGGGAGGAGACAGGGAAGCCGCUGCAGAUCAAGCCCAGGCUGUGAGCCCGGGUCCCUGGAUUCAGCAUCUCUCCAGCCCUCCCGGUGUACGGUUCCAUCCAACAGUCCAGCAGCCGAACGCCUCAGGAUACGCAGCAGCCCGGCCAGCCCUGGCACCUACCUCAGGACAGCAAGACGGGAGGCAGCCUCCCCCGAUUUGUGUUCCAUUUCGAUCAGUUCGUUUGACCCGCAACCCGGGAACAGCCCAGGCGCCUCCGCCCCGUCGUGCAGGGAGGCAGCUUUGUGAGCGUUUUAAUUUUGAAAUAAAUGAUCUUUUAAUAUGGUCUAUUUAAAA